UGUUCUGCUCUUUUUUAAGGCGGCCUUCGUCGCGUGAAGAUUGUGUGGACAAAGUGCUUGCUUGUGUGUGUGCAGAUUUGCAAUUAAUUUUAAUUUAAUUACAAAUUAAUAGGCGAAACAAAAUGGCUGCAGAUCAGGCACAAUUUCAACAGUUGUUGGUUUCCCUCCUUUCCACGGACAAUGAUGUUCGGCAGCAGGCUGAGGAAGCCUUCAACAAUCUGCCACGUCAAGUGAAGGUAACACAUCUCCUGGGCAACAUUCACAAUGGCCAGCAAUCGGAGGAGGCACGCCAAAUGGCUGCAGUAUUGCUACGUCGCCUCUUCACCACCGAUUUCCUGGAGUUCUACAAAGAGAUUCCAACUGAAUCCCAGAAUCAGUUGCUGCAGCAGAUUCUAUUGGCCGUCCAGUUGGAUGUUAGCCCUCAAUUGCGUCGUAAGAUCUGUGAGGUUAUAGCAGAGGCAGCACGUAAUCUGAUUGACGAGGAUGGCACGAAUCAAUGGCCCGAUGUUUUGCAGUUCCUUUUCCAAUGCGCCAAUUCACCGACACCGCAACUGCAGGAAUCUGCCCUGAGAAUUUUUUCUAGUGUACCAUCGAUAUUUGGUAAUCAGGAAGCACAGUAUAUGGAUCUGAUUAAGCAGAUGCUGGCCAAGAGCAUGGAUCCGUCAUCCGAUGCAGAAGUACGCGUUCAGGCAGUUAGGGCAGUGGGUGCUUUCAUCUUGCACCAUGAUAAGGAAAAGGAGUCGGCACUUUAUAAACACUUCGGUGACAUGCUGCCACGAAUGAUUGUCAUUACGGGCGAAACAAUUGAGGCCCAGGAUGAUCAGACUCUCCUUAAGUUACUGAUUGAUAUGACUGAGAAUUGCCCGAAGUUUUUGCGUCCCCAAUUGGAGUUGAUCUUUGAGAUUUGCAUGAAGGUAUUUUCAUCGCAAGAUUUUGAAGACAGUUGGAGACAUUUGGUAUUGGAGGUGAUGGUCUCGCUGGCCGAGAAUGCCCCGGCUAUGGUACGGAAACGGGCUGAGAAAUACGUUUUGGCUCUGAUUCCUUUGGUGCUGCAAAUGAUGACUGAUUUGGAUGAAGAUGAAGACUGGUCCACUGCUGAUGUCGUCGAUGAUGACCAUACCGAUAAUAAUGUUAUUGCCGAAUCUUCAUUGGAUCGUUUGGCUUGCGGUUUGGGCGGCAAAACAGUUUUGCCCCAUGUAAUGAAUGCUUUGCCUGCAAUGUUGGGACAUGCCGACUGGAAGCAUCGGUUUGCUGCUCUAAUGGCCAUUUCAGCUAUCGGUGAGGGUUGCCACAAGCAAAUGGAAGCCAUGCUAGAUCAGGUCAUGAGUGGAGUCUUAGUUUAUCUGCGUGAUCCCCAUCCUCGAGUACGUUAUGCUGCCUGCAAUGCCAUCGGACAAAUGUCCACCGAUUUUGCUCCAACCUUCGAGAAGAAAUUCCAUGAUCAGGUCAUUCCUGGUCUACUUAGUCUCCUUGAUGAUGUGAACAAUCCGAGAGUGCAGGCCCAUGCCGGAGCCGCUUUGGUCAAUUUCAGUGAGGAUUGUCCUAAGAAUAUAUUGACACGUUAUUUGGAUGCGAUUAUGACAAAACUGGAAAACAUUUUGAAUUCUAAAUUCAAGGAGUUGGUGGAGAAGGGUAAUAAGCUGGUACUGGAGCAAGUGGUGACCACAAUUGCCUCAGUGGCUGAUACUUGUGAGGCAGAAUUCGUGGCCUACUAUGAUCGUCUGAUGCCUUGCUUGAAAUUUAUCAUACAGAAUGCCAAUUCCGAGGAAUUCCGCAUGUUGCGCGGCAAAACCAUCGAGUGUGUGAGUCUUAUUGGCCUAGCCGUUGGUCAGGAGAAGUUCAUUGGCGAUGCCGGUGAAAUUAUGGACAUGCUUCUAAAGACCCAUACGGAAGGAGACUUGCCCGAUGAUGAUCCCCAGACCUCCUAUCUAAUCACCGCCUGGGCACGAAUGUGCAAGAUUUUGGGCAAACAAUUCGAACAAUAUUUGCCCUUGGUCAUGGGUCCAGUGAUGCGAACGGCCAGCAUGAAGCCUGAGGUCGCCAUGCUCGACAACGAGGAAGUCGAGGAUAUCGAAGGUGAUGUUGAUUGGUCGUUCAUUAACCUCGGUGAACAGCAGAAUUUCGCCAUUCGUACCGCCGGCAUGGAUGACAAGGCGUCUGCCUGUGAAAUGUUGGUUUGCUAUGCCCGCGAGCUAAAGGAGGGCUUUGCUGAAUACUCUGAGGAGGUUGUCCGUCAAAUGGUGCCCAUGCUUAAGUUCUAUUUCCAUGAUGGUGUGCGUACAGCGGCGGCGGAAUCACUUCCCUAUCUUUUGGACUGCGCGAAGUUUAAGGGCCCACAAUAUCUUGAGGGCAUGUGGCUCUACAUUUGCCCGGAGCUGUUGAAAGUCAUCAAUACCGAACCAGAAGCAGAGGUUCAAUCCGAACUGUUGAACUCAUUGGCCAAGUGCAUUGAGACAUUGGGUCCCAACUGCUUAAACGAGGAUUCGAUGAAGCAGGUCCUGGAAAUUAUCAACAAGUAUCUUCUGGAGCACUUUGAAAAAGCUGAUAAGCGGUAUGCUGCAAGACAGGAAGAGGAUUACGAUGAUGGCGUCGAGGAGGAAUUGGCCGAGCAGGAUGACACCGAUGUUUACAUAUUAUCGAAAAUUGUAGACAUUACCCAUGCUCUCUUUAUGACCAAUAAGGCACAAUUUCUGCCAGCCUUCGACCAGAUCGCGCCACAUUUCGUCAAACUCUUGGAUCCGUCGCGUCCGACUGCUGAUCGCCAGUGGGGUGUCUGUGCCUUUGAUGAUCUGAUUGAAUUUUGCGGUCCCGCCUGCGCCCCCUACCAGCAGUACUUCCUACCAGCUCUAUUGCAAUACGUUUUGGAUAAAUCACCAGAAGUCCGCCAGGCAGUGGCCUACGGCUGUGGCGUUUUGGGACAAUUUGGUGGCGAGCAAUUUGCCGUCGCUUGUGCUACGAUCAUUCCACUCCUCGUUCAAGUCAUCAACGAUCCCAAGAGUCGCGAAGUGGAGAAUAUCAAUGCUACAGAAAAUGCCAUAUCGGCGUUUAGCAAAAUUCUCAAAUACAACAAAUCCGCCCUUACCAAUGUAGAUGAGUUAAUUGCAGUGUGGUUCUCGUGGCUUCCAAUUUCCGAGGAUCCAGAGGAGGCAGCUCACAUCUAUGGCUAUUUGUGCGAUCUGAUUGAGGGAAAUCAUCCAGUGAUACUGGGAGCAAACAACUGUAAUCUGCCGCGCAUUGUAUCCAUCAUCGCCGAAGCAUUCUGCACAAAUGUUUUGGAGGCGAAGAGUCCGACGGGCACACGAAUGCUGACAAUUGUGAAGCAAAUCGAAUCGAAUCCCGAUGUGAUGCAGGCAUGUGCCAGCACACUUAGCCCCGAACAGCAGCAAGCCAUACAGGAUGCCUAUCGGGAGUUGGCAAAUGCACCAGCUAACUAAAAAUCGAGUCAUCAGACAGCCACUAAGUAGAAGGCGAUUGCAAAAAGCGUGCGAAAGAAGAAUUGAGGCAGGAAACCCUCAAAUUAUUAUUAUAGUCUUAUAUAUAUAACAUAUAAUUCUAUACACGCAUAUAUAUUUAUAAUCCAUGGAGUUAUUCGACUACAUAAUUGUAUAUAUAAUUGUGAUUUCAAUCAAAGUCUUCUCUUCCGAAGAAAAAGAAAGUCUGCGUCAGGUUAGAAUUUGACAUGCUGCAUGAAGGAUUUCCUCUUCAUCAUCACGAAUUAACAAAUUCCAAUAGAUUAUCUUCGUUUUAAAAUGUUUUCAUACGUUAUAUACAUACAUACCUACAUAUACAAUAUAUGUAUAUAGAUUUGGCUAAUAACCACGGCCACAAAACUCUCCCUUUUUCCUUACACAAAAAAGGAUAUGUGAAUUGUCGUCCGAAACGAACGAAAUGUAAAUUAUAUGCAUUCAAAACAAGAAUAACAAUUAUGUAUUUAAAAAAAAGAACACGAAAUAAAUUCAAAUUAACAGAAA